ACGAUAUUCGGAUCGUUUUCCACAAGGACGCCACUGACAGAUUUAAUAAUGAUGAGGGGAAGAGUUGUAAUAGGAUUGUCGUUUUUCUUUAUGGGAGGAUUUGUAAUGAUGCUCAUUGUUAGGAACUAUCAAACACUGGAGAAUGUACAGGACACUCGUGUACUGACAAGUGACGACACUUCCGGUAGUAAAAAUGAUCCAAAGCCAGUGUGUAAAGUAGAUUUUACAAAUGUGUAUUCAAUGGAUUUAACAACGUGGCGUAAAAAUAAUCAAGUAUGCAGCGAGUGUCAAAAUUUUAUAAAAGCAACUCUUAAAACUCCAUACGGGAAUACUCCGAUUUUUGUGUAUCCAGCAGCCCAAGAUCCAUGGGUCUCGGGAAUAUUAAUAAGCAGUGGACACUUCGAAGCAGAGAAAUCCAGUAUAAUGUUUGAUUUGUUGAAAUCCGAUCCAAAAUUAAAUCUGGUAGACAUAGGUGCUAACAUUGGAGUUUAUACGCUCUCUGCUGCUAAAAUGGGGAGAAAGGUUUUGGCCGUGGAGGCUUUAGACAGAAAUGUCCGUCACAUUUGUACGUCUGUUGCCGAAGGCGGCUUACAGGAUAAAGUCACUCUUGUUCAUAAUGCCAUAUCCAACAGUAAUGGUGUUGUUAAUCUAGGAGUAGAUAAAAACAAUAUGGGAGGGACCUUUGUCGAUGUAGAUUCGGAUCAUAUUAAGAAACUAAAGGAAGGCCGAGCCCAAGGAACAUAUGGUACUGUUCAUACGAUAAAAAUGGACGAUCUUUUAAAAAUUCCAGGAAUAGAAAACUUUCAAAAUGUGGUAGUUAAAAUGGACAUAGAAGGCUUUGAAGCUAAGGCCAUGGAAGGGGCGUCGUUAUUUUUCGAAAAAAUAAAAAUUGUUGGUUUUAUCAUGGAAUGGGAAUUCCAUAGAAAACAAAAAAGUGCAGAUACAAUUCUUAAAUUCAUGAGUAAACACAACUUCAUACCACAUUCAUUGAGCUCGGCAAAACAAAAAUUGGACUACACAAAGUCUGACUCGUGGGGCUAUGAUGUAUUAUGGUUACCAAAGGGGUAGUUUUCAUACAUUUGUUUAGGGGAAUAAAUAUUUAAUAUUAA